GUCCCGCCGUCUAUAAUAAUCAAAUUAGGCGCCACCGGUAGCUUACUCUGCAUUCUCCGCCUUUCGGCUCCCAUCCUCCACCGUCUUCCGUUGUCCGAGCGGCGGAGAAAAGAGAUGGAGGAAACAGCAAUACCCUUCAAGAACUUGCACAGCAGAGAGUACCAAGGUCACAAGAAGAAGGUUCAUUCGGUGGCUUGGAAUUGUACUGGUACCAAGCUCGCUUCUGGCUCCGUUGAUCAAACUGCUCGAAUUUGGCUCAUUGAACCCCACAGCCAUGGAAAAAUUAAAGACAUCGAGUUGAAAGGCCACACAGAUAGUGUAGAUCAGCUCUGUUGGGAUCCUAAACAUUCUGAGCUUAUUGCAACUGCAUCUGGAGACAAGACUGUUCGUCUAUGGGAUGCACGCAGUGGAAAAUGCUCUCAGCAGGCAGAACUUAGUGGAGAAAAUAUUAAUAUUACCUACAGACCGGAUGGCACCCACGUAGCUGUUGGUAAUAGGGACGACGAACUGACAAUUUUGGAUGUUCGGAAGUUUAAGCCAAUCCACAAACGCAAGUUUAAUUAUGAGGUUAAUGAGAUUGCUUGGGAUAUGACAGGAGGGAUGUUCCUUUUGACAACUGGGAAUGGUACUGUUGAAGUGCUUGCAUACCCAGCUCUUCGGCCAGUGGACACUCUUAUGGCACAUACAGCUGGGUGCUACUGCAUCGCCAUUGAUCCAAAAGGAAGGUCGGGUUCAGAAGUUUCAAAAUAUUUCGCAGUGGGGAGUGCUGAUUCACUAGUCAGUCUUUGGGAUAUAUCAGAGAUGCUUUGUGUUAGGACAUUUACAAAGCUAGAGUGGCCUGUCAGGACAAUAAGCUUCAAUCACACUGGAGAGUUCAUAGCUUCUGCAAGUGAAGACUUGUUUAUCGACAUAUCCAAUGUUCAAACCGGUCGAACAGUUCACCAGAUCCCUUGUCGAGCUGCCAUGAACAGUGUCGAGUGGAACCCCAAGUACAAUUUACUUGCAUAUGCUGGGGAUGACAAGAACAAAUACCAGGCUGAUGAAGGUGUUUUCCGUAUAUUUGGCUUCGACUCGGCCUAGAGUUUGUUUGUACCAGCUCGUAUGCAUUUUACUUGAAAUUGUAGUAGCAAGUUAAUUAUGGCCACCAAUCUCUCAAAUCUCAGUUACUUGGAAGAAUGAAUGAAUGAAUGGCACUUUUGCCUACUGAAAGAAAAUAGUUCACACAAGCAGUGUAUGUGAUGUGUACAACAAGUUCCCAAAGUAGUCAAGUCUCUGAGGUUAGGGCGAGUUAGAUCUUUAGCGAUUAGGGGUAGUAGUAGCAGCGCCAUUUCUCCUGUCGUCUCAAGCUCCGAGUUUCGUCAUGGUAAAUUCUCUAGCAUAACCAAUUCUUCCAAUUCUUUUGCAUUCACAUGGCAAUGCUUUCUUGCUCCCCAUCCCCCUUUCUCACCAACACAAAUCUGCAUAUAUCAACAACCGAAGAGAAGAAUCCAAAUAUCAGAUCUUUACCUCAAGGCAAUGAAACGAGACUAUCUUUACACUAUCUCAACAAAUGAAUCAAUCAUCUUACCUCGAACCACCAUCUUCUGUUGCCAUUAAUCUCUGUUUUCCCCUCAUCUGUACUAAAAUCCGCCGCAAAGAACUAAUCUUGAAGCCAAAACUGCCAACCCCGCAAAGCAAAGCAAACCGAUUGCUACUGAGUUCUGGGAAACCCAAGUCACCGGCUUCCACUUAAUUUCCACACUUGAACUCUUCAUCUUCUUGCCGCCGGUGCAGUAGGGAUCUUUCCCCAGCUCAAAGCUCCCGCCUUUCAUCCUCAGUUCCUGAAUACACCUCGCCACCGCCCGCCCGUCACACCGCUCCCUCCCCACUCUCUUCCACACCUUCCAGUACCUGUACAGCUGCACCUGUACCAACCACACAAACACGAGUGAGGUGCACAAGGAAACUACCCCUGGUACCCACCAUUUCCCGCACUUCCCCUCUCCAGAAGAUGAAGAAGAAGAAGUGAAGAGUAUGGUGAAGAAGAGUCCGUGGAAGAUUAGGAAGAAGGAGCAGAGCUGGAAGAUCUCUCGCUUGAUCGAAUCGAGUCGCGAUUCCUUGGCGGCGAUCCGCCGCCCGCUGAGAUCCUCUUCCCUCUGCCACAGCUUCAGGAGGAGCAAAUGCCCCGGGCUGCGGGAGAUCUCCGUCAGCGGGUGGUUCUGGAUCGCCGUCGCAACGACGAGGAGCUGCCUCUGCUCUUCGUUGUCGACUGGAAUCUCGACGAUGUGAUGGGAUUCCGUCAUUUGUUAGAAGAUUAAUGGAAACUGGAACUGUAAACAGAGUGGAAACAGAGUACAAUCGGAAGUGCAACGCAGAAGAACAAGAAGAGAAAACGAAUGAGCAGUAAGACUUGGGAACAGAAGGCAAGGAAGGAAGGCGAGUUGAGAGAUUGAGAAUGGAUCGAAUGCUUGGUAAUGGAGGG